AUGGCCGAAGGAGAGCCUGACUACAGCUCUCUGCCCCUCGAAGACAGAUGGGUACACAAGGUCUGGAAGGUCCGGAAAAGCGCGUACGAAGAGGCAGCAAAGCUCUUUGAGGCCACGCCCGACGAAUACGACCCUGCAUUCCGUCCCUUCAACCAAGAUCCUAGUCUAUGGAAGGCCGCUGUCGUCGACUCCAACGUCGCUGCACAGACCGACGGAAUCGCUGCUUUCUGUGCUUUUCUGAAGUUUGGUGGCAAGGAGAACUGCACUAGAUCGCGGAAUCACGUCGUCACUUCCAUUUGCGAAAAGGCCCUCAUCUCGACGAGGCCCGCCACGAAAGCAUCUGCCCUCGAAGCAUUAUUAUUAUUGGUCGAGCUCGAUGUCCCGGGACCUGUCAUCGAAGACAUCCUGCCUGCGCUAUCCGCUAAGCUGCCAAAGGUCGUCGCCGCCUCCUUGGCCGCUCUCACCGCCAUCUUCCACAACUAUGGCUGCAAGAUUGCCGACCCAAAGCCCGUCCUCAAGAUCUUACCCAAGGCCUUUGGCCAUGCCGACAAGAAUGUCAGAGCCGAGGCCACCAACCUCGCCGUCGAAUUCUACCGCUGGCUCAGGGAUGCCAUGAAGCCCAUGUUCUGGGGCGACCUGAAGCCCACACAACAGACGGAUCUCGAAGCACAAUUCGACAAGGUCAAGGCUGAGGCCCCCCCGAAACAGGAGAGACUGCUGCGCUCUCAACAAGAAGCUGCCGCCCGUGCCCCGGCCGCCGGUGCCGGAGGCGAAGAAGAGUAUGAUGAGGGAGACGACCUGGAAGAAGCCGGCGAGGUGGAUGUUUUUGACCUUGCCGAGCCUCAAGAGCUCUUAUCCAAGGUUCCUGCCAACUUCCAUGACAACCUCGCCUCUUCGAAAUGGAAAGAUCGAAAAGAAGCCCUGGAAGCUCUAUACGCCGUGCUCAACGUGCCCAGGAUCAAGGACGGCGACUACGGGGAGAUCAAUCGCGGAUUAUCCAAGUCCAUGAAAGAUGCCAACAUUGCCGUCGUCACACAGGCAGCCCAAUGUAUUGAGGUCUUAGCCAAGGGUUUGCGGCAGAGCUACGGCAAGUACAGGUCUACCGUCAUGGCACCCAUUAUGGAACGCUUGAAGGAAAAGAAAGCAUCCGUCUCCGAUGCUCUUGGUGCCGCCCUCGACCAAGUCUUUCUCGCUACCAGCCUGACCGAGUGCAUGGAAGAUAUUACUACUUGCCUUGUCCACAAGAACCCUCAGGUCAAGGAGGGCACCAUGAAAUUUCUCGUCCGCUGCUUACGCACAACACGAGACGUGCCAAGCAAACAGGAAAUCACUACUCUAGUCGAGUUUGGCAAGAAGUUGCUAUCCGAAUCAAGCGAGGGCCUACGUUCAGGUGGUGCAGAAGUGCUGGGCACCAUCAUGAAGAUCGUAGGUGAACGAGCCAUGAACCCACACCUCGAGGGGCUGGACGAUAUUCGCAAGAACAAGAUCAAGGAAUUUUUCGAAACCGCCGAAGUCAAGGCUAAAGAGAAGCCCAAGCCCAAGCCCAAACCUGCACCUGCACCUGCGGCCCGCGCUCCCCCCGGUGGACCGAAAAAGCUCGUCAGAAAAGCGCCAGCUGGGGUCAAGAAGGCGGCUCCGCCUGCUGCCAGAGUGGCGUCCCCAGAACCGGCACCGCUUGCGCCUCAACCCACUGCAAAGACACCAGCUCGACUUGGUGCUCCCAGGCCAUCUGGGGUUGCUGGCUUGAAAGCUCCUCGGGGACGACUCGCGGGUCCAGGUGGACUUGCUUCUCCUCGAAGAACCGCUGCCCCGCCGCCAGACCCAGUGGAAGAUGAAGAGCUGGUCCAAGAAUCGCCACCGCCGCGGCCCAGAAUCGGUCUUGGCAGGGGUGGCCUGGCCGGGCGGUCUCUGGCAAAGCCUGCCGCGCCCGUAGCAGCGCCCCCAAUGCCGACGUCUCCUCCUCCCUCUAGCGGUUUCUCGGCAAUGGAGCGUGCCGAGCUUGAGGAGCUUCGCAAUGCAAAUGAACGGUUGUUAAGACAGGCCGAUGAGAUGCGACAGGAAAGGCAAAAGCUAGCAUCGGAGAUCCAGGAGCUUAAGAAUCAAAAUGCACAGCUUAUCGAGGAUCAUACAAGGGAUGUACUGAGCAUCAAAGCCAAGGAGACCCAGCUUGUAAGGGCGAGAAGCGAUGCCGAGGCAGCUGAGCAGACCAACGAACGACUACGACGCGAACUUGAGCGCCUCAAGAGGGCUCUCAGUCAGGCCGAGGCUGCCGGCGCAAAUAAUAGUAUCACGAGCCCAGGUAUAGGCAGUCCGACGCAUGACGAUAUGGGCAUUUACCGUGAUGGUGGUGGCUUCGCUGGUGGCAGAGCCACAAGAUCAAGUUUUACCAGCACGAUGUCCGAAGAAAAGGAGAAUGGCGACCCGCCACCCACCUAUACAAGGAAUAAGAUGAUGAGCCCAGAACUGAGAUAUGCCAGUGGAUCAAGCGGCAGAGGGAGCCCUGCGAGAGGCUUCCGAAGCACUCCAAUGGAUGAUGCUGCAGGAUACACUGCGCCGGCUUCGGGUACGGCUUCGGCCACGGGUAGUGGCCCCAGCAAUGGUGUCGAGAGCUGGAAGCGCGCCGCUGAAGUAACCAGCCAGCUCAAGGCCAGAAUUGAGCAAAUGAAGGCAAGUUUCAUUUCGUUUUCGGAACCAAAACCAAACUAA